UUUUAUUUCAGAGAUAAUGUCGUGAGUAAGGAAUUCAGGAGAUAGUAAAUUUUUCCGAAACUCUUUGGCCUCGAAACAUGUCCGAGAUAACUCCAUUGAUAUAUCUCGGGGGCCUGGAUAGUGUAGAGCAGAAUUUUUUAUCAAAAUAUCAAGUAAAGCAUGUUCUAACCCUGGACUCAGAAUCUCCAGGUAUACCAGAGAUCUGGGGAGUUCGACAUAAGUUCAUUCAGAUAACGGACGAAGAGGACAGUUUGCUCCUCCCACUGCUUCCAGAGCUGACAAACUGGAUUAUAUCUAACAUUAAUCUUCAACAGAGAACUUUGGUUCACUGUAGACAUGGAGUGUCUAGGAGCGCUAGCAUUGUUAUUGCGUUACUUAUGCGUACUUUAGAGAAAGACCUCAACGCUGUGCUAGAGAUGGUGGAAAAGAAAAGACCAGGUGUUCAACCUAACCCAGGAUUUCGAAAACAGUUGGAAUUAUGGUAUUUGUUGAGAUACAAUUUAAAUCCCGGAAAUAGAAAUUACAGACUAUUCUUGCUGACACACAACGUUGUCGAAUACAUCCAAGUUUCACGAUCUGAUUCUGAGUUUGGAUAUAAAUGCGGGAAAUGUCGUGAGGUUCUCUUCUACUCCAAUGACCUGGUUCCACAUGAUGAUAAUUGGUGGAAGAUGUUAAGUGAGCCCUGUAGUUUGGGUCUAGUUGUUCUACCACUUGUAUGGAUGAAAUCUAGUGAAAACGAACCCCGGCUAAACUGCUUUAAAUGUAGAAACAAGUUGGGUUGUGUAGGACUACGGAGCCCUAUAUCAUGUCCUUGUUCUGCUCGUAUUUAUCCCGGUUUUUUUGUAAACCCGUCAAGAGUUGAUAAAUACAAACUAAACCAAGCUUUAUAACUUUAAUAUUUGAUUGAACUAAACAUGUGAUAAAUUUAA